AUGUUCGUACCUAUCAGGUUGAAGCCUGUGCAUAAAGUCGAGGGAAUGACUAACGGCGCGGCAGCAGGAGCCGGCCAGCAGCAGCAGCAGCAGCAGCAGGGGGCUGGCCAGGUGGACAUCAGCACCCAGGUCCAGCAGUACCAGCAGUUCCUAGAUGCAUCCCGAGCCCUCCCAGAGUUCCCAGACAUCGACCUGCAGGGGAAGUCUCUGCCUGAGGGAAUCGAGCUGGAGCACAUCAAGAGCUUUCAGCUGCUGUACAGAGAGCACUGUGAGGCUAUUCUUGAUGUGAUGGUCAACCUGCAGUUCACUCUGGUGGAAACUCUGUGGAAAACCUUCUGGAGGUUCAGCCAGAGUCAGGCGGGAGACGCCACGUUGGCUGUUCAUGACGAGUCUGAGAAGCGGCUGCCUAAGUCCUGCCUGGUGGUGCUGUGUAAGUACGACCCGGUGCUGCGCUGGAGCCGGGACUGUGACAACAGCCUGUACCAGGCCCUGGUGGAGAUCCUCAUCCCCGACGUCCUCAGGCCCAUCCCCAGUGCCUUAACUCAAGCCAUCCGCAACUUUGCCAAGAGCCUGGAGAGCUGGCUGACCAACGCCAUGAUGAACAUCCCAGAAGAAAUGGUCCGCAUCAAGGUGACCUCAGCCAAUGCGUUUGCCCAGACGCUGCGUCGCUACACCAGUCUGAACCACCUGGCCCAGGCGGCCCGCGCCGUGCUGCAGAACACGGCCCAGAUCAACCAGAUGCUCUCCGACCUCAACCGCGUGGACUUUGCUAACGUCCAGGAGCAGGCUUCCUGGGUGUGCCGGUGUGAGGACCGCGUGGUGCAGCGGUUGGAGCAGGACUUCAAGCUGACCCUGCAGCAGCAGAACUCCCUGGAGCAGUGGGCAGCGUGGCUGGACGGGGUGGUCUCCCAGGUCCUGAAGCCAUACCAGCAGAGCCCCGCCUUCCCCAAAGCUGCCAAGCUCUUCCUGCUCAAGUGGUCCUUUUACAGCUCCAUGGUGAUCAGAGAUCUGACCCUGAGGAGCGCAGCCAGUUUCGGCUCCUUUCACCUGAUCCGCCUGCUGUACGAUGAGUACAUGUACUACCUGAUAGAGCACCGAGUGGCCCAGGCUAAAGGAGAGACCCCCAUCGCUGUCAUGGGAGAGUUUGCCAGUUUAGGCCGGGGGCUCAACCAGCUGGAUCCUGACAAAGAAGAGGAAGAGGAAGAGGAGGAGGAGAGUGAUGAUGAAGGUCAGGAGCUGUCCCUUCCUUCAGACGGGGGGGUGCUAGGAGACGAGUCUCUGGAGCCGCCUGCCAAGCUGGCCCGAAUGGACCAGAGAGUCCUGUUCAGCACCGGAUCAGCUGACGACUGAGCACACAGUCACACAACUAGCUGGAGCCGAUCGUAGUGAAUAUGCACACACACUCGCACACACUAGCACACACAGAUGUACAAAAACCACUAAUUUAUACACUCCACACAUGUAUAUAGAUCUUCUAAAUGUGUGUGUGCGCGCUUCUGCUGCAUUCUGUAAAUGGUUACACACACACACACACACACACACAC